UACGUUAUCAAUUCACUACAAUCAAAUCAACCACUCUCUCUCUCUCUUGUCUCAAAGCAUUCAUUUGUGUUUUCUCUUCUUGAAGAAAGUAACAUGCAAAAUCAGUGGCUCCGAGUCCGAUCGAGGAGGAUCACCACCAACCAUCACCAACACCACUCUGUCGAUUUCCAAAGCCUGUACUCCAAAACCACCAAAACCUCUUCAUCUCCUUCAAAACUUGAAAUAGAGAAGAAGACUCAAGCUACUUCCACCAAGCCGAAACCAUCCAUGACGACUUUAAUCGACUCAUACGCUGUACAAUGUGCAAAGUGUAAGAAGCUGAGAUAUAUAGAGGCACAAGAAAAGUAUGAGGAGAUUCGAAGUAAAUCACCACACACAUGCUUUGAAUGCAAGAGCUGUGAAGAACUUGGAGAUGUACAUGUGGAUGUGGACUCUCCUAAUGUGCGUUGGUUCUUGGAUCAACAUGGUAUACCCAAAACUCCUAAAGGGUGGAAGAGGAUUUUGGUUGUUAGAGGAAACGGCGAGAAAGUGGAUGUUUACUACGAAACUCCUCAGCAAAAGAAAGUAAGGAGUCCCAAACAAGUCGCUAAAUUCAUUCAAGACAAUGAAGAAUUCAAAGACGACGUUAAGAUGGAAGAAAUUUCCUUUGUUGCUCCCAAACGGAUGAAGAAACCAAAGUCUUAAAGGAUGUUUGUUGAUAGCAUUAUAUCUCAAUUUAUGUCUCUUUCGUGUUAUCAUUUCAUGUUGAACAAAUUCAAACACUAGAAUAACUUUUCUUUUGAUUUUAUUUUAUUAUGAAGUUAAGCCUUUAAUUCGAUUUCUA